AUGAGCGAGACGGACGCCGCGACCCAGCCGGCAGAGGCCGCCCAGCCCGCGAUCGAGAAGCCUGAGCCCGUCCAAGUCAAGUCAGAGCCUGCCGAAGCGGAAUCCACCGAGGCAAAGCCUGUGUCUGCCGAUGAGGCGCUCGAGCCUGAUCAAGUCAAGGCCGAGGCUACAGAGGAAAAGCCCGAGGUGGCAGAAGCAGGUGCCGAGGCCAAGCCAGAAGAUGCACGGGAUGACGAGUCCAAGAUGCUCAAGACGACGGCCAAGAUCGACCUCGACAACGUCCGGAAUAAUCGCAAGUUUGAUCCCAGCGUUCGCGAGGUCACUGAUGACCCGGAUGCCAUCCGCAAGCAGGUCGAGUUUUACUUUGGAGACUGGAACUUUCCCCAGGAUAAGUUCAUGUGGGAAACCUGCGAGGGAAUGGCCAACAAGCCGAUGCCCAUCUCCAAGAUUCACUCCUUCAAGCGCAUGCGCUCUUUCCAGCCUUAUAGCGCCAUAGUCGCGGCCUUGCGCGACAGCAAGACCCUCGACGUUGAGGGCGAAGAGGGAGAGGAAACGGUCAAGCGCAAGGUCGCUUACAAGCCCAUGGCCGAGGGACGACUCAAGGUCGAGUCCUCCACUGUCUACGUCAAGGGCUUUGGUGACGAGAAUCCCGACACCCAGUUCGACCUCGAGAGCUUCUUCGCCAAGUUCGGUGAGAUCAAGGGUCUCAAGCUGCGUCGAACCAACGAGGGUCUCUUCAAGGGCUCCGUCUUUGUCACUUUCCCCGACGAGGAGGCCGCGAAAAAGUUUGUGGAACUGGACCCAGCGCCGACCUACAAGGAGCACGAGCUCAAGAUCAUGUCCAAGCGCGACUAUUGCGAGGAAAAGAGCGAGCUCAUCCGUCAGGGCAAGCUGGAGCCCAACAGCACCUCGCAGAAGAAAUUCUUCGAAGGCAGAGAUCCCAGCAGGAAGGGAACGCGCGGAAAUCACCGGGGUGGUCGCGAUGGCGACGACUGGAAGGCACGACGCGAGCACGAUCAAAAGCACGGUUUCCAGGACCGGCGCGGUGGCGGAAGGGGAGACCGAGACAGCCGCCGGGACAAUGGAGGGCAUCGGGAAAACACCAACGAUACCAAACCUCGCAUCCAGUCCACCGCGGACGAUAGCCAAGACGCACCGGCUGCAGCCAACGGCAAGCGAGCUCGCGACGAGGAGGGGCCUGGGGACGGCGCCCCGGCUGCAAAGAAGGUUGAUGUCAAGGAGGAAGUCAAGACAGAGGCGACAUAG